GGGGCAGUUGUUUUUGUUAUGAAUCAGGAAGCUCUUCUUUCAAAAUUGGGUGUGUAGUAACACGUUAAGACGGAGAAUUAAAACCUCUUUUUAGUGACUGGGUUCUUAAAUCGUGACCUGAUAUCGAAGCCGCUUACAGCUAAACAACCACCUUCUUCGCUGAAGACUAGACGAUAUUCCGUGCAGUGCACCGAGAUCCUGUAUGGUUGGUGUGUGGCGCAGAAAUGGCGCUGGAGGAAGGGGCACGUAGCUGUCUGCUGCGCUUCCGCCAAAAACUGGAGGAGGACAUUAAGCCCACCUACCUGAUGGAUCACAUGAUCAGUGAUGGUGUGAUGACUGUGGAUGAGGAGGAGAGGAUCAGGACUCAGCCUACCAGGAAGGAUCAGGCCGGAGCACUAAUAGAGCUCUUGUUGAGAAAGGACAACCUUGCCUACAUUUCUUUCUACAACGCACUGGUCAGAGAGGCAUAUGACGAUUUGGCCAGUUUGCUCCAUAGGGACCUGCCGCACAUCUCAUUGAAUCCACAUAAGGGCUCUUCUGAUGGCUCUGCAACUUAUGUUCAGUCAAUGCUUAGUGAAGGCGGCAUCCCACAGAGGCCUGUAGUGUUUGUCAACAGACCAGAACUGGUGAACAGGGCCAGGGAGAAGCUUUACCGGCUCCAGAAGGAGCCCGGCUGGAUCACUGUCUUUGGCAUGGCUGGCUCGGGGAAGUCCGUCCUAGCUGCUGAAGCUGUUAGAGAUCAUGGAAUCAUUGAAGAUUGCUUUCCUGGAGGCGUCCACUGGCUGUCCAUCGGCCAGGUGGACAAGCCAGACCUGCUGGUUAAAGUUCAGUCAUUGUGUUUUCGUCUGGAGCAGAGCCUUGAUUCCCAGCCCCUCCACCGUCCCCCAAACUCUCUGGAUGAAGCCAAGGAGCGUCUACGCUUCCUCAUGCUGCGCAGAUAUCCAAGAUCUCUGCUGAUUUUGGAUGACAUCUGGGAUAGUACAGUGUUGAAGGUGUUUGACAUCCACUGUCGUGUUCUUCUCACCACCAGAAAUAGAAGCCUCACUGAUUCUGUUAGUGGUGCUAAGCACGAGGUGGAAGUUGAAAGCGCUUUGGAUGAAAACAAGGCCUUGGAGAUCCUUGCUCUGUACACUAGAAUAAAACUGCAAGCACUACCUGAGGAGGCUCGCAGCAUUGUCAGAGAGUGUAAAGGCUCCCCUUUGGUGGUGUCUCUGAUCGGAGCGCUGCUCAGAGAAAAACCAAACCGCUGGCGUUACUAUCUCAGCCAACUGCAGAUGAAGCAGUUCAAGCGUAUAAGGAAGUCAUCAUCUUAUGACUAUGAUGCCCUGGAUCAGGCCAUGGCUGCUAGCAUCGAGGUACUUCCUGAUGAGCACCGAGACCUUUACAAGGAUCUUACUGUUCUACAGAAGGAUGUCAAAAUCCCCGCUAAGGUGCUGUCUGUUCUUUGGGAUCUGGAACCUGAGGAGGUGGAGGACAUCCUGGAGGAAUUUGUUAACAAGUCUCUGCUGUUCGUGGACAAUAACAGUAAACCCUACCUGUACUACCUUCACGACCUCCAGAUAGACUUCCUGUUGGAGCAGAACCGAACGCAGCUUGAGAGCCUUCACACUAAGGUGGUGCGUCAGUACCAGCAGCAUUACAGAGACGGUCCCCCCACUUCAGGAGACGAGGAAUCUCUUUACUGGAUCCGAUAUUUGACCUACCAUAUGGCCAAAGCCAACCUUACCCAGGAGCUCUACUCCCUCAUGUUCUCUCUCAACUGGGUGAUCAUCAAGGCCAAGAUAAUGGGUUCAGCUCAUCUCAUCAAUGACUAUGUGGAGUAUGGAUCCAUUCUGGACCAAGAGAACAGUGAAGUGCGCAGUCAGUUCCAGGAGUUUCUGUCUCUGAACGGCCACCAGCUUGAGCAGCGUCCUUUCCCUGAUGUUGUGCAGCUUGCUCUGUCUCAGCCGCCCAACUCCGAGGUCUACAAACAAGCUCGACUGCAGGCACAGAACCGGACCAAAGCUGGGAAACUCUACUUUGACUUGGUGAAUAAGAGUGGUGUAGACAAUCUGUCUCGUUUGGUGAUUCACCCCCACCAGGGCUCCAUUUACUCAGCCUGCUUCUCACAGGAUGGAACCAAAAUUGCUUCUUGUGGAGCUAGCAAGACACUCAAGGUGUUUAAAAGUACCUCAGGUGAGAAGCUCAUGGAGAUCCCUGCCCAUGAUGACGAAGUGCUUUGCUGUGCCUUCUCCCCUGACGGCCGUCUCUUAGCAACCUGCUCUAGUGACAGAAAAGUCAAGGUGUGGAAUGGAGAGCGAGCAAUGCUGCUUAGAACGUUUGAAGAGGAGCACGAAGAGCAGGUCAACCACUGCCAGUUCACCAACACAUCAGGGCGCCUCCUUUUGGCCACCUGCUCCAAUGACGAUAUUCAGAACGUCAAGUUGUGGAACCUCAAUAAGCCAUCCUCCCAGAACACCAUGUUUGGUCACUUUCAACCAGUCAACCACUGCUGUUUCUCUCCUGAUGACAAGUAUCUGUCAACUUGCUCCAACGAUGGUACCCUUAAGGUAUUUGAGGUUUCUUCUGCCAAUGAAUGGAAGACGAUCAAUGUAAGUGACAUGUUUACAGACAACAAGGAAGACGUCUUUGUCAAGUGUAGCACCUGGACUGCCGAUGGCAAACGCGUCAUAUGUGCUGCCAGAAAUGCUGUUUUGGUCUUUGAUGUAGAGACAUCAGACAUGUUGUUUGAAAUCAGGACCAAUCGAAUGAGCACAGUUCAAUACUGUCACGCUUGCCCCACCAGUAACCUGCUGGCCAUUGCAUUUUCAAACUAUGCUGUUGAGCUGUGGGAUCUCGAAGCCAAUAAAAAGAUGGCAGACUGCAGUGGCCACCUAAGCUGGGUGCAGCGUGUCCAGUUUUCUCUUGAUGGCUCACAGCUGCUCUCCUGCUCUGAUGAUCAGACCAUCAGGAUAUGGGAGACCAAGAAGGUUCACACAUCCUCAGCCAUCCGCCUGAAGAGAGAUUCUGACGUUCUGUUUAAUCAUGAGGAAAUCAUAGUGUCAGCUGCAGAUAAUUGCAACAGACUGCAGGUGCGUGAUGGUAGAACAGGAUCGGUGCUGUUCCAGUCAGAGGAGAAGUCAUCCAGGAUCAGGUGUACCUGUAUCUGUCGGCAGCCCUCUGCUGUUGUCCUGGGGCAAGAAGAUGGCACUGUGCAGUGCAAAUGUGUGUUUGUGUGCACGUGUGCGUUGUGUGCCAGGCGUCAGGGCUGACAGUUAGUCAUCUCCUAAGGAUGCUUGGCUGCAGGAUCCGAAGACUCCUGACCUCCCACAGGGGGUUGGUGCUGGCAGUAGCUCUGUGCAC